UUUUCUCGUUUUACUUUUAUCCCUGUCUGCCCUCGCGAGAGCGAGAAAGGUAGAAAGAAAGAAAGAGAGGAAAUCAAGAAGGGGAAAAGAAAAGGAGGCAAAUCAAAGGAAACCAUUCGUCGAUCACUCUUUGUUUUUUUCCUCCUAUCUCUGCGUUUCCACUUUCCCCUCUUUCGUUCAACGAUCGAAAGACUGGUUGAUCGUCCCAGCAACCUCGAUUGAGCCUGCGCUGGCGUUUCUCCCAAUUCCAUUCCGAUUCAGUCAAAUCACUUCGCUUCCUUUCUUGACUUUUCCCUACUCUCUUGACUCCGACGAUAGGGAAAACGUCUUCUAGGGUUAGGAUACGUUUCUUCUUUUCUUAUUGGAUGAUUUUUUAGUUUUCUUGACGAAAUUUUUCUCCACGGAGUUUCGCUGUCGAAGGGUUAGGGCAACGGCAUCAGCAUCAUUGACGCAAAUGGAAGCGUCAAAUACUAAUCCGGACGCUUACAGAGGUGGUUCCACGAAUUCGAGAAGAUAUGGAAUUCUUUCUGCUUCGAAUAUAAUUCAAGCGCCCAUUUCAGCCUUGUUGGAAUACUCAGGUCUUCUCCGUACAUCACGCUCUAUUCACCAAGAACCACCUCUCAUCCCCAAUCAGAAUCUAGAAACUUCCACUCCUACCCUUGCCAACAAUGGAGGUGCUAUUAGGAUAAUUGGGGCGGGAGACCAUGAGAGCGAGAGGGAUGCCUCUGGUAUGGUGGUUGGCCACCUCAGGGAAGUUACUUCUCAGAGUGAGGUCUCGCUGGGGUUGGGAACGUCCGAUGGUCAGGGAGGAGAUUCCAGGAGCAGUGAUCGCGGGGUGGCUACUGGAGAAGGUGUUUCCCAGUCAUCGCCAAAUGGGAGUGUUGGUGCUGCUGAUGCCGAAGCUGGGGAUGGGGGUGGGGCUGGAGUUAAUAAUAGCAGAGAUUCCUCCUCAAGAUAUGACAUUCAGCAGGCUGCUAGGUGGAUUGAGCAAGUUCUGCCCUUCUCUUUGCUUCUCUUAGUUGUUUUUAUCCGCCAACAUUUGCAAGGUUUCUUUGUUACAAUUUGGAUUGCUGCUGUCAUGUUCAAGUCAAAUGACAUUUUACGGAAACAAACUGCUUUGAAGGGGGAAAGGAAGAUCUCUGUUCUGAUUGGCAUCUCUCUUGCUUUCACACUUCAUGUUAUAGCUGUCUACUGGUGGUACUGGAAUGAUGAUCUUUUGUAUCCAUUAGUGAUGCUUCCCCCCAAAUCUAUUCCACCUUUCUGGCAUGCUAUUUUUAUUAUCAUGGUUAAUGAUACUUUGGUUCGACAGGAAGCAAUGGUUUUAAAGUGUUUUCUGUUAAUGUAUUACAAGAACAGUAGAGGCCGAAACUACCGUAAGCAGGGUCAAAUGCUGACAUUGGUUGAGUAUAUGAUGCUACUUUACCGAGCCUUAUUACCAACUCCAGUUUGGUAUCGUUUCUUCUUAAACAAAGACUAUGGAAGCCUCUUUUCGUCACUAAUGACAGGGUUGUACUUAACCUUCAAGCUCACAUCUGUUGUUGAGAAGGUGCAAUCCUUCUUUGCUGCAUUGAAAGCAUUAUCACGUAAAGAGGUACAUUAUGGUGCUUAUGCGACAUUGGAGCAGGUGAAUGCAGCUGGGGACCUCUGUGCUAUCUGCCAGGAGAAGAUGCAUGCUCCUAUCCUACUUCGUUGUAAACACAUUUUUUGUGAAGAUUGUGUAUCAGAGUGGUUUGAGAGGGAAAGAACGUGUCCCUUGUGCAGGGCAUUGGUUAAACCUGCAGAUCUCAGAUCGUAUGGUGAUGGAUCAACUAGUUUGUUUUUUCAGAUAUUCUAAGAUAAUUGCUGUAUAAUUCGGGGAGGUUUUUCCGCUUCGACGAUCCAAAAAAUACUUACCGAAAGCUGCUGUAUCCUAAUCAUCAUGGACAUGGGUAAAUGUGACUGUUUGUUGGUUCUGCCAUGUCCACUAAGAAAUUGAAACGGAAACAACCGGAUAGAAGUGAAAUUGGCCGUCUGUUCCUAUGUUGUAUUUGAAAUGUUGAAUGUAUGUAAUGGGCCCUCUAAGCAACACAGAGUUCAUGUUAAGUACUAACAGCAUAUGUCACUGUUCAAUUGGCAUAAAUGAAAGCCUUUUUCUUUUUUUUUACUUCA